AUGCCCGAUGUGGAGCAUACAGUCCUCACAGAGUUUUUAGUGAAUGAAACCGAGGAUAACAAAGUUUUUGAACGUGUUAAGGGUGGAGGUUACCGGUGCAAGCUGUGUAAAACAGGGGUGAAUUCCAUUGUUGAAAAAAUUACUCAUCCUUACACAGGAAGGCAUAUAGGAAAAACAAUCAAAGGAAUGUCGAUUCUCGACAAUGUUGCUUGCACCAUACAAAACGCCAUAGAGAGGUAUCCACAACCGUUGAUCGGGACGGAGUACAUAGUGGAGUAUGACGAACAAGGGGUUUUCCUGUGGUACUGUAUGUUGUGCAGAAAAGGGAUGAACAACCAAGACCAGGUCUUGUUACAUCUGGUUAGCAAGCAACAUCGCCAAUGGUACAUUAAACACCACAUGCCUGUGAAACACCAAGAACUGCUCAAGAAGACUGGCCCGGUAAAAGCAGAAGAUACAUUAAGGUUGCUGAGACAAAUCGAGGCCAAGUACCCAAAUCGAUUGCCUGCGUUUGGUUGUAUCUACAGCCUUGACCAUGUAAUUGACUCUGGGCUAACUAUCAAAGAUGUGAUUAGUCAGAAGAUCAUGGAUGGCCAACACUUUACUGUCAAUGAGAGAGGGAUGCCACAAAUGAUCUACAAAAUGCCAGUUCCUCUCUUUUCCGAGGAAGAGCAAGCUACUCCUGGGACUAGCUCCAAGAAAAAGAAGAAGAAAAGAUCACGAUCAGCCUCCUCGGAUCGAUCUCUCUCUCCAGUAGCCAGACAGAGAAGAUUGUCUCCGGAGCCAUUAGAACUGCCCGACUUGCCAACAGAACAACUCAAAGAAGCCUUAAUCUUCGAUUGGCUGGCCAGCCAACCCUCAACCAGCCAGCCCUCAACCAGCCAACCCUCAACCAGUCAACCCUCAACCAGCCAACCUUCAACCAGCCAGCCGAGAAGAAGAGCGUACGCAUUAAUGGGGCAAGUUGCCAUUACCAAAGAGUCAUUGGAACAAUUCAUUGCUGAAUGCGACGAAGACAACUGGAAAUCCCGAUCCCAGUGUGGAUGUGUCGCGGAGCUCACGCUCACUUGCCCACUGAGAGAAUUACUGGACGACGACGAAGCAUUCUACGAGGUUCGACGGGUUCUAAUCGGAGCAUGGAUGAUCAGGCUCAACAAAGACUUUGGUUGGAACAUUCAAUCGUUAGAUAUAACGAAAGACCCAAAGCUGUAUAGGUUGGUGGAAAUAAUGGAGACAGGCCGUUUUGUCCUUGACGUGUGUCGACCUCUGUGCAGGAAUUGUGUGGAGUCAACUGCGGAAUGUACCUUGGAGGAUUUCCCCCAGUACAAGGACAUACCGCCAGACGAACUGAUAGACAUAAGUAGAGGUCUGGUCAACAUGAGCAACUUGCUACAUUUCUUCUAUGUUAAUAUCCCAAAAUCCGCAUAUACACAAAGCGAGUAGAGUAGGCAGGUAACUUGAAACUUAUAACGGAGAAAUGUAACCAUAGUUAACCUGCCUGUCUACUCACCUUGUGUAAAUGUGGAUAUUACCGGAAAAUACACUAAUUUGGGUCAAGCUUGGACCUGCACUUGACUCAAAGUUGAAUCCGUACCAGUCACUAAUCAAUCAAUCAAAAUAACUAUUGUUAAUACACAUUAUGUAGGCCUACAGAAUAGCGUCAGUAAUUUUCAUCACUAAAACAACCAUAUAAAACCUAAGACUACUUUACAGAGGAUAUUGUUAUUAAUUAUAAAUAUACAUAAAUUUUCAAGAAGUUGAUAUAACACUGACGUAGCUGCCUGGUUUAUGUGGUUUUGUAGUUGGACUAAAAACACCCACUAUUAUAUCAGAGGACUGACAGUGGUGAUUACAGGCAUAGACAAAAAGAAUUAAAUAUAGACUGUCAGCCGUGCUGCGGUUACCAUGGUUACCAUAAGUUCGGGCGCACACCGCUGUAGUUUACGUAGCGCGUACGCUGUAACUACCGUGGCGAUCCCAGCGGUGUGCGCCAGAACCUAUGGUAACCGCAGCACAGCUGACGGUCUAUAUUUAAUUCUUUUUGUCUAUGUUACAGGUCACUGUUAUUGUUUCAUCUUGCAUCAUUUACUAGGCUAUAGGCUAAUGUUUAUAUAAUUUAUCUAUAUACUCAAUAAUGGCUUUAUCUGUAACCUAUGAAUAUUGUAUAAUUCAUAAGUAAUUUUUACAAAACUUGUGCUCUUGAAUAUUGUUAUUAUUGUAACAAUUUGCCUUGUAGACUAAUUGUAAGACCUAAAUAUUUUGAACAUAUAGGCUAAUAUUUGUGUAAGGAAUAUGUUUUGUACUAGUUUUAGAAUGCACAUAACAUGUUUGAAAAAUACUGGUUUUUUUCACAAGCACUCUAUUUGCAAAACAAUUUCAAACUUAUAAAAUGUGCUGGAGUUCUAUUACUAUAAACCUCUUAGACUCCAGAGUCUAAAGCCGGUUUAAGUCUAGAACUUAGCUAAAUCCCGAGCUCAGCAACCGGCCCUUAGCUGCUACAUAAUGCAUAUUAUUUUCUUGUGACCUGAUUUUAUAGUUACUCAUAGUGUUAUUUUUCCAUUGCUCUCUUUGACUUAAUUGAAUAUGUUUGAAGCAAACCCAAAGGUCAGUGCAAUUAUUUAUCUUGUUAACUUAGCAAUAAUUAAUCGAACCAUUUUCUUGGUAUUUAAACUGUUAUUAAUUAACUAUUCAUUCAUAAUGAUAAUAGAAUUUCUAUAUGUAGUGAAGAUUUAUAUUUAUACAAUAGUGCACUUUAAUGUACUCUCAGUACCUUAUAUACAAAGCAAUUGAUAGUCAAAGUAUUGAUAGUUGAAGCUUAUAUACAGUGGACUCUCGCUCAUCCAGAUCGGCCUUGGACUCCCGAUAGUCCAGAUCGGCAAUUGUGAUUUUUUUUGCGGCACAUUACAGUAGAAGUCCGAUUAUCCGAGCUAAACAGGACCAAGACUACCUCGGAUAAUCAAAAACUCAGAUAACAUGGCGGUAAAAAUUAUUACCAGUGGAACUGCAUUUGCAUGGCUAUCAAUACUGUGGACCUGGAACAAAAUUUUUUUUAAACAGCUAUAUAUAGUAGGCCUACUGUAUUUGCUUGAAUCUCAAUAGUCCGGAUUUUUUGUAAUCCGGACCAGACGUUCGCCACAUUAGUCCGGAUGAGCGAGAGUCUACUAUAUUAGUGACAAUUCGUUUUUUAAAGUUGAUGUAUUAUUUCAGUUAUUUGUUAGUAUAGUUAAAUAAGGAAUAUAUUUUACUUAAAAUUAGGUCAUGACCACUAUUGACAGUGUUCAAAGAUAUUAGGCUAUUUCACUUGCCAAACAUGUGCUGAAAAGAGGUUGUAACCCCAUUUUAUCGUUAUUUCAAUUACUCUCUAAGAUGUAAUAGGAUAUUUGAUGCAAAAGUCAGUGCAAUUUGUCUGGUUGACUUAGAAAGUAUUCAAACAAAUUCUCUGUUCUUAACAUGUUACUGAUCAUCGUUUAUCACGUUGAGUAUUCAGACUACAUAAGGGGAUCUAACUGCGGCUUUAUUAUUUUUUUAUUAGGAUGUGUAUUUUGCAGUUACACACAUCCUCGGUCCUUGAGGGUAGUGUGGGACAUCGACUAUUCAUUCAUUCCAUCACUAGUUCCUAGUUUAAUUAAGUUAAACAUUAGUUAUUUAAAUUUAAAAACAGUCAAAAAGAAAAUAUUCAAAUGAAAUUUGGAGCCUCAAAGAACUGUUUAUUAUAUUCUAAAUUAUAUAUAUAUAAAGUAUCAAAACUAAAGGACUGAUUAGAUGUAUUGGAACACCCUAUUGCAAGCAGCCGUUGCUCUUUAUUUAACAAAGUAAUACCAAGACCAACUAACUCACUGUAAUUUUGAGACUAAAUAUAGGUUUUGACACAAAUGAGUUGCAGAUGCAACAUAGAAACUUUGAGCUUUAAAUGUAAUCGUAUGUACAAGAAAAAUGUGCCUUUUAAUCAAAAUAAGUGUUUGAGAUAUGAUUAAUACUUUUUAUCUUGAUUAAGGCUAGAUUAUGACAUUGAGGAUGAGUUUAGAGGACAUUUUCCUCCAAGUUUGGCUGUUGGCCAGAGAAAUUAUUUAACUUUUUUUUAUUAUCAUAGGACCGCUAGUUUUAGCAUUUAUUUGUUAUUUAGUUCUUAAAACAGAACUAUACUUACUGUUGUACAAUUUUUUAUUUUUAUGUUGUUAGCUAUUUUCAUUUUUUAUCUUUUUUGCAUUUACAUAUUUUAUAUUGUUGAAUAUAUUUUACCUGUGCUCGUACUAGUUACAUUUUAGGAAUCCAUGGUGACUUAGCCGUUGUGGUAGGCCUAUUGUAACAAUUAUUUGCUUUGUUAAUGUUACACCUACCACUAAAUGUUUGUAAUAAUUAGGGUUUAAGCUGUAGUUGAUUUUUCAUAUGUUUAAUAAAAGAAAUUUAACAAUCUUUUUGAAAUUUGGAACAAAGGAAAGCUAAAAUGUAGUAGAAAAUUUUAUAAAUUUAUAACUAAGUAAUACUAUUUAUACUACAGUACAGUAUAUUGUUCUUAAAGCCGUCUAGAUAUUUGUAUAUUUGGAUUUACUUAAAAGAAAUUUACCUAUCCAAAUUUUAAUUGUCUGGGUAGACGAGUGGUAAUAGCGCUCCUGCUCGGCUUAAAAUCUUAAGGUCACUGGUUCGAAUCCAUGCGAGAUCGUUUCCAGACCGAGAUGCUAUUUGUCAUCGGGCUAUGAAUUAAUGAAGAGGUUGGCGUUAGAUAGUGGCAAGACCAGGGUUUGGAUCGUUCCCUUUCAAAACGUAAAAAUGCCACUUGCGUAGAAACACACAAAUAAAUGGGCAAAUAUUCAGCUAAAUUUCAGCAAAAUUAAUUACCAUACUAGGAAGAGUUUUAUACUAGCUUAAACUCUAGUUAGAUAUUUCAGAAUAAAGUAUAAUUUUGUUGUGAUCAUAUAAGAAUUUUGGUUUUAGGAAUCAGAAAAUGUGAUGUUCAGCAAACUCAUGAAAUUUGCAACUAGAAAACAAUAUUUUUUUACUAAGUUAAAAGAUUCUACUUUAUAGUUACAAUAUAAUUAUUUUAAGGUUGAAUGUACUUAGGAAUCUGUAAUUGCUAGAGAGUCAUCACAUUCAAGUUGUAUUUGGCACAUUAGCUAAGUUGGCACAAUUGAUUUUGAAUUUUAAGAUUAAAGAAGACAGUUGUUUUUUUUUUCAAUUUUUCUCAGCAAUUAAAACAUUUUUUACAAA